AUGAAUGACAACUUCGAUGCGGAUUAUUUAAACCCAAAGGAUCUCCAGGCACAAGUCUCACACAUCCACAUAAGUGGCUACAUCAAUCCAAACAACGAGGGCGACGAAGAUGGAAAUCCUCCAACCAACCACUGGGCUGCCUUCCUGCAAUUUGGCGAUACUGGCUCAGUCAGAAUCGACAUGGCACCUGGAUAUGGCGACGAUGGAUUAAGAGGGAAGAUAGACAUAUCUUCCAAGUCUUACACGUCGACAAAUAAUGCGAUCAAGACUUUGACCUUCACUGUGGAGGCCUACGCCACAGUUCAAACUAUCACGGAAUUGAUUAUCUUGAAUGGACACGAUAGGUACAUGUUCACUGAAGAGUGGGAGGGGUGCAGAUUCUGGAUAUAUACCUUCAUCGAAGAUCUGGAAUCUGCUGGCCUCAUUUCCGAAGGGAGUGGGCAGACUGCCUGGGAAACUGUGUCUCUCUACUGGCAGAAUCCUAGCGGAUCCGAGCCCAGACAGAUUUUACAGGGAGAGUUCUACUAG